CGCUAUAACUUCCGGGCGGAGGCCGCGCCUGCGCUAGCCCGGGCGGAGGCAGAGGAGGCCGCCAUGCCGCUGCGCUCCCGGCUGUACAGCGUGUUCUUCCGCCGCACCUCCGCCUUCGCGCUCACCGUCGCGCUGGGGGCCGUGCUCUUCGAGCGCGCCUUCGACCAGGGCGCCGACGCCUUCUACGAGCGCCUCAACCACGGGAAACUGUGGAAACACAUCAAGCACAAGUAUGAGACCCAAGAAAAGUGAAGUGAGAGCUGCAGGAGCCAUGCAGGGGUGUCUGUAUCCCCUUGUGCAAACUCUUCAGUUGCCCGAUACCAGUUACCAAGAAUGAAAAUGGGCUUCUGACUGAAGAAAUCUGAGCUGGAGUACAUCACCAGCUUCAUCUGUGGAAGAAACCUUGAUGGACUUUAGGAUUUACUCCUGUUGUGUUAAAACGUUCUGUUAAACUAAUAAACUCACUAACCUAUA